AUGAAGUGUGCUCAAGGUGUUUUUGUGUUGUUAAAUUUUGCUCGAGUGUGCUUACUGAGAUGGCGCAAUUUUCGAAAGACGCGGUAUGGUAUCGUUCGCCCGUGAUACACUUCAGUCGCGUUGGUGGCUGUAUGCGAUUUGACGUAUUCCGCGCGCGGGGAUGACACUUGUCAGCUUAAUUUAUGAAAUGUCAAACGUUUUACAUGUAAUGCGCGAGUGAACGGUAAACAAAUUAAAGAGUGUAAUUGAUAUUUAUGCAGUGAUUUUUUUUAAGGGUGAAAUGGACUGUUAUUACUCGAAAUUUUAUCCAAGGCGUAAGUGACAGAUGGAAAAUUUACUGCGGUGAUCGUUACGCUCAUGAUGCAUCCGGCUGGGUACUACGCGAAUCUCGCGAGCGGCGCGCUCGCAGCCGGCACCAUUGCGUCUCCGUGGAGCACGGCGGCCGGCGCGCCCGACACCAACGGAUCGGGCGGCGCUGACGCCAAGCACCUCGAUGUCGGCGAAGCCAGCGAUGAUGAAAAGGAUUUAUCGGCGGCGGACGCGGAGGGAGUGUGGUCUCCUGACAUCGAACAGAGUUUCCAGGAGGCACUCGCGAUAUACCCUCCGUGCGGCCGGCGGAAGAUCAUCCUCUCAGAUGAGGGCAAGAUGUACGGACGAAAUGAACUUAUAGCAAGAUAUAUAAAACUUAGGACGGGGAAGACGCGCACAAGGAAACAGGUCUCAUCACACAUACAGGUGCUAGCUAGGCGGAAACUCCGCGAAAUUCAGGCCAAACUCAAAGUGGACGGUGGUGUGAUGAAAGAGAAGGCGAUGCAGUCUAUGAGCACGCUGUCUAGCGCACAGAUAGUGGCGGGAUUGCCGCACCCGGCGUACCAUCACACGCAAUUUUGGCAGCCGGGCUUACAAGCGGGGACGUCACAAGAUGUGAAGCCGUUCCCCAGCGCCGGCUACAAGGGCGUCCCCGGCGUGGGCGGCGUGGGCGUGCCGGGCGGCGCGGACGUGGCGCCGCCGCCGCCGUGGGAGGGCCGCGCCAUCGCCACGCACAAGCUGCGCCUCGUCGAGUUCUCGGCCUUCGUGGAGCACCCGCGGGACCCCGACACGUACCCGCCCAGCGCGACGCCGGCGCAGCACCUGUUCGUGCACAUCGGCGGCUCCGUCACGUACGCCGACCCGCUGCUGGAGUCAGUCGAUGUACAGCAGAUAAACGACAAGUUCCCGGAGAAGAAAGGCGGUUUAAAAGAACUGUAUGAGAAGGGACCUCGAAACGCGUUCUUCUUAGUGAAGUUUUGGGCAGACCUUAAUACUAAUAAUUUAGACGACCCUGGGGCCUUCUAUGGAGUUACGAGUGUUUACGAGAGCAACGAGAACAUGACAAUAACGUGCAGCACGAAGGUGUGCUCGUUCGGGAAGCAGGUCGUGGAGAAGGUGGAGACGGAGUACGCUCGCUUCGAGGGGGGGCGCUUCGUGUACCGCAUACAGAGGUCGCCCAUGUGCGAGUACAUGGUCAACUUCAUACACAAGCUGAAGCACCUCCCGGAGAAGUACAUGAUGAACAGCGUGCUGGAGAACUUCACCAUAUUACAGGUGGUGUCGAACCGAGACACCCAGGAGACGCUGCUGUGCGCCGCCUUCGUGUUCGAGGUGUCCAACAGCGAGCACGGCGCGCAGCACCACAUCUACCGCCUCGUCAAAGACUGAACCAGGAGCGCCCAGCCGUCAGCCAGGGGAACCGCGACCCGACGUGCUGACCCUUUCCUCUUUGAGUUUCCUAAAAGUAUAUUAGUCCGUGACGUCACGCGCGUCCGAAUACACAGUCUGUAAUACCUUUGAUUUUCUGAGUACUUCUAACUUUUCGACCUGAUUUUUAAUCUGUUGCCUUGUCACCCUCCACGUGACACUACAGUUGUAGUUUCUUUCGAGCGGUUCUGUCCGUCGGGUCGUGUGGGGCAGUCGGCAGUCGGUGGUAUCCGAGUGGACCUAACGUACGGAACGUCAGUACCGACUCGUAGGUCUUUGCAAUAUGAGAAGUGUCAAUGUCGCCGGACAAUCGGACAAUGUUAUUAAGUUAAAGAAAUCGUUAUACAUAUUAUAGUGAUGCGAAUCAGCAAAAAUGUGAUCUGAAAAUUACGCUACAAGUAUUUUUGUAAAUGAAAAUUUAUGUAUAGCUCAAUUUUUAAUAUCUAUCAUAGAGUUCUAAUACUUUAUAACCGGAGUCUGAGGGAGAUUAUCGUUUUUAAAUUUUAACUCUAUAUUUAUAUAUUUUUUAACAUUUUCGGUUGUAAAAUGUUUUUCGUCCAAUACUUUCACGGAAUAUCAGUAUCUAUUACCUAAAUGCGUGUAAAAAUAACAUUAUAAGAAAAAAAAUAUAGAUUUGAAUACACACAGUGCCUCUAUAAUUAUGUUACAUUAACAUAAAUGAGCAAAUUUGGUUCUUUCAUUGUGAAAUUGAAUCUAAAUGUAUUAAGGAUCGGACACACCUCCGUGACCGAGUAAAGCGAGUGCGAAAUCAAUCAGACAAGUGUUACGAUUCAAGUUUCAGUCGGUAGUAAAGCUCUGCAAGUCUCUUUUGAGUGAGCCAGUGUAUAUUGUACUCGCACAAAAUAUUUUCACCCGUAGUUGAACGUUAAAAGUAUAAAAGAUCGUUUCUUACUUCUUAUUGC